AGGCAACACAAAUCCUCACCUUUCAUUCUUCGACACGCACAAACAAACCACACCGACUUUCCAUAAUAGUGAGAGAGAGAGAGAGAGAGCUGAGAAAUGGCGUCGUUUGAUUCAAUGAGCGCCGAGGGCCACUCGCCCACCGUGCGCCCUUUCGACGAAGACGAAUACAGUGGCUACGACCACACAUUCACCCACUCCGACGACUAUGCCGCGGACCCACCGCCAUCUGAUGAAGUCACCGCCGACCACCAGAGCAACGACGCGAACGGCUACAACGACGACGUUUACGGGACCAACCCGGACUACGCGUCGCCCUUCGAGUCGGCCGGGAAUGGGAUUGAUGAUGAUGGUGGGGUCUUCGAACCGGAAGGCCCCGUUUUGCCACCGCCUGAGGAGAUGCGCGAAGAAGGAGCUAAAUUGCGGGAGUGGAGACGUCAAAACGCAAUCCAUCUCGAGGAAAAGGAGAAAAGAGAGAAGGAGAUGCGGAAUCAGAUUAUUGAAGAAGCUGAAGAGUAUAAACGAUCCUUUUAUGAAAAAAGGAAGCUGCAUUGUGAAACAAACAUGACUGACAACAGAGAAAGAGAGAAGCUUUACCUGAUCAACCAAGAGAAGUUCCACAAAGAAGCUGACAAGCAUUACUGGAAAGCAAUAGCAGAGAUCAUUCCACGAGAGGUCCCUAAUAUUGAGAAGAGGCGAGGGAAGAAAGAUGCUGACAAGAAGACUUCAGUUACAGUUAUUCAGGGUCCAAAGCCUGGGAAACCCACUGAUCUUUCAAGAAUGCGGCAGAUUCUCUUGAAUCUGAAACAAAAGCCUCCUCCUCACAUGAUUCCUCCCCCGCCGCCCCCACCUGCUAAAGACAGCAAGGAUCCAAAGGAAGGGAAGGAUGCCAAGAAUGGCAAAAGUUCUACACCAACUGCAGCAGGAAAUGCAUCUGCUUCACCUGCAAAAGAUGCUGCUGCUAAUGGUGCUUCUGACCCAUCCAAACCAGAGGUUGCUGCUGCUGCUGCACCUGCUGUGGAUGAACAAGCCCCUGCUGAGUGAUGACACUACAUGUAUUUACUCUACUAUUAAUUUCUUCUGUUUUUA